CACAACAAACUCUGAUUGGCCAGUCAAAAGACACAACCAACUCUGAUUGGCCAGUCAAAAGACACAACAAACUCUGAUUGGACAGUUAAGCCAGACAGAGGUACUGUAUGUAGUAAAAAAGCAGGAAUAAUAAACAAUAAUAAACCAAUGCAAUACUGUGAGAUCACGGUACAGAUAUAGACAGACUGACCGGCAGAUCUAUGACCAUAGAAAUAGACACAGGCAGGGUAUAGAUAAUACUGGUGUGGUACUUUAAAAAUACCGCAGCGUUGUUGGAGCAACACUACGUAGUUGUGUGUUCGUAUCCAUGGUUACCGUAGGUAGAGACCGGCCUCGUUCCAGACACAGCCGGAGAUAAUGUCCAAGCUAGGUCCACUGAAUUACAUCUCCCAGAGGGCUUUUUCCAAAAUAAAAGUCCCCGUGAUAUCUGCGCCGGUUGUUCACGAGUAGUGAGUGAACCUCGUGUCAUGUAAGCUACAACAGUACUGUGUGUCUCUGCGUGAUGGUGGACAAGGUCCUGUUUCAAACUGCUGCUUCUAGAGACAUGGGUUUAACAGAUCCCAAGGUCCUGUUUCAAACUGCUGCUUCUAGAGACAUGGGUUUAACAGAUCCCAAGGUCCUGUUUCAAACUGCUGCUUCUAGAGACAUGGGUUUAACAGAUCCCAAGGUCCUGUUUCAAACUGCUGCUUCUAGAGACAUGGGUUUAACAGAUCCCAAGGUCCCGUUUCAAACUGCCGCUUCUAGAGACAUGGGUUUAACAGAUCCCAAGGUCCCGUUUCAAACUGCUGCUUCUAGAGACAUGGGUUUAACAGAUCCCAAGGUCCUGUUUCAAACUGCUGCUUCUAGAGACAUGGGUUUAACAGAUCCCAAGGUCCUGUUUCAAACUGCUGCUUCUAGAGACAUGGGUUUAACAGAUCCCAAGGUCCCGUUUCAAACUGUCGCUUCUAGAGACAUGGGUUUAACAGAUCCCAAGGUCCCGUUUCAAACUGCUGCUUCUAGAGACAUGGGUUUAACAGAUCCCAAGGUCCUGUUUCAAACUGUCGCUUCUAGAGACAUGGGUUUAACAGAUCCCAAGGUCCCGUUUCAAACUGCUGCUUCUAGAGACAUGGGUUUAACAGAUCCCAAGGUCCCGUUUCAAACUGCUGCUUCUAGAGACAUGGGUUUAACAGAUCCCAAGGUCCUGUUUCAAACUGCUGCUUCUAGAGACAUGGGUUUAACAGAUCCCAAGGUCCCGUUUCAAACUGCUGCUUCUAGAGACAUGGGUUUAACAGAUCCCAAGGUCCCGUUUCAAACUGCUGCUUCUAGAGACAUGGGUUUAACAGAUCCCAAGGUCCCGUUUCAAACUGCUGCUUCUAGAGACAUGGGUUUAACAGAUCCCAAGGUCCUGUUUCAAACUGUCGCUUCUAGAGACAUGGGUUUAACAGAUCCCAAGGUCCCGUUUCAAACUGCUGCUUCUAGAGACAUGGGUUUAACAGAUCCCAAGGUCCCGUUUCAAACUGCUGCUUCUAGAGACAUGGGUUUAACAGAUCCCAAGGUCCCGUUUCAAACUGCUGCUUCUAGAGACAUGGGUUUAACAGAUCCCAAGGUCCCGUUGUUUCAUAUUGGUCAGUGUGUGAUCUGA